AUGCCAGCCAAAGGGAAGUACCUGCUGAACGACCAGGAGCUGAAAAAUGAGGUGCUGUACCGCAAGUUCUCGUACAUCAGCCAGUACCAGCCGCUGGUGCUGCUGCUGGGCCUCUCCAUGCUCUCCUGUGGCAUCCUCCUCAUCCUCUUCUUCGCCCUGCAACUGAGUCCAUCGGAUCACUGUGCCUUUGUGAGCGUGGUGAGCGGCAGCCUGUGUGUGUUCCUGUGUGUGUUCGUGCUGGUGUGUACGGAGAUGCUGUCGCAGCGAUGGAGGCAUCCUGGUCUCAUCGUCUGGGCCACGCAACUCACCAUGGGCUACACCUUCAUCUUCAGCGGGCCCAUCAUCCUGCCCUGGGACCAGGUGCCUUUCUUCCUCUUCAUCAUCUUCACGGUGUACACCAUGCUGCCCUUCCAGCUGUGGUACGCCGUGGUGCUGAGCGUCGUAUCCUCGCUGUCUCACAUCAUGGUGCUCACUCUGCGCCUCACCGUCUACGAAAAGAAGAUCCCUGAUUACCUCGCCUACCAGCUCCUGUCCAACGCGGUGGUGUUCCUGUGUGGCAACGUGGUGGGAGCCUUCCAUAAAGUCCUGAUGGAGAAGACCCUCCGUCAGACCUUUCAGGACACCCUGAGGUGCCUCAGCAUGCGCAUGAAGCUGGAGAUCGAGAAGAGACAACAGGAGAACUUGCUGCAAUCUGUGCUUCCUGUCUACAUCUCCAUGAAGAUGAAGCUUGCCAUCAUGGAGCGCCUGCAGGACUGUAAGGACAAAGAGGAGCAGCAGCGCCUCGUCAAAGACAACAACUUCCACAGUCUGUACGUCAAGAGGCACGAGAACGUCAGUAUUCUGUAUGCCGACAUCGUUGGCUUCACGCAGCUGGCCAGUGACUGUUCUCCCAAAGAGCUCGUCAUCAUGCUCAAUGAACUGUUUGGAAAAUUUGAUCAAAUUGCCAAGGAAAAUGAAUGCAUGAGAAUCAAGAUCCUGGGAGAUUGCUACUACUGUGUGUCGGGGCUGCCGGUCUCUCUGCCUAGACACGCCAAGAACUGCGUCAAAAUGGGCCUGGACAUGUGUGAAGCCAUCAAGCAGGUGCGCGAUGCCACAGGAGUUGACAUCAACAUGAGGGUGGGGGUGCACUCGGGAAACGUGCUCUGCGGCGUCAUCGGCCUCCGAAAGUGGCAGUUUGACGUGUGGUCACAUGACGUCACGCUGGCCAAUCACAUGGAGUCUGGAGGCCUUCCUGGUCGUGUUCACAUCACAGAGGCGACUCUGAAGCACCUGAACAAAGCGUACGAAGUGGAAGAUGGAAACGGCCACCUCAGAGACCUUUACCUGAAGGAGAGCAACGUCCAGUCGUACCUGGUCAUUGAUCCUCGGUCUAAGGACCCGUCGUUGAACAGCCGUAAUGCCGUUAAACCUCGAGUGAACGACGGUCUGAAGAUGAGGGCGUCGGUGAGAAUGACUCGAUACCUGGAGUCCUGGGGGGCCGUCAAACCUUUCGCCCACCUGCAGAACCGAGAGGGCUUCACCCCGGAGGCUAUCGUCAACGGGAAGUCACGCCUCAAGGACAUCCCUCUACGGUCUACCAUCUCCAGGAUCACUGAGAGGAACAAAUCCCAGAAGAGCAAGUUUGACGAGGAGCUGCACAACGAGAUGACCACCACCAUCGAUGAGCUCAGCAGCAAGCAGUGGUCUAAGACUGAAGAAAGUGGCAGUUUAGCUCUGUGGUUUCCAAAGAAAGACCUGGAGAAACAGUACCGAGCCCUGGACCUGCCGAUGUUCAAACAUUACGUCGGCUGUGCCACCGUCAUCUUCCUCUGCAUCUUCUUGGUUCAGUUGUUUGUCACAAAGGAUCGACAGAUGUUGGGCACGUCGUUCGGGGUCCUGGUGUGCGUGCUGCUGCUGACCCUGGCCAUCUGUUUCGCAGGUCACUUCCAGAGCCUGUUCCCAGAGAAGCUGUCUCAGUGCCAGUGGCUGCCCGCCGUGUCCGAGGCGGUGGUGAAGCGGCCGUGUGUGCGCCUCCCUCUGGCCACCAUCACCACUGCGGUCAUCGUCAUCCUGGCAGUAUUCAACCUGUGCUUCGUCCCGACACCAGUCUCUGAAAUGGACGAGCUGCGUCCCACCAACGACUCCCAGGAGCAGGGAUCAGAGAUGGGGUUCUUCUACCUGCCUUACUCGGUGUACUGCUGCAUCCUCUCGCUCAUCGCCUGUGGAGUCUUCCUCCGCGUGAGCUUCGAGCUCAAAGUGCUCUUCCUCACCCUGGCCUCCACGGCGUACUACAUCAUCAUCCUCAGCACCAACAGGGAGCUCUUUGUGGACUACGGGCGCUUCCUGCACGCCCAGGAGAGCGGCAGCUGGAACUGCAGCAGCGAUCACUGCGUCCUGAUUUGGCUGGGUCUGGUGAAGCACCCUCAGGUGAUGAGCUGCAUCUACAUCACUCUGUUCCUGGUCACCAUGCUCAUCAUCUCCCAGCAGAACGAGUCGUGCUUCCGGCAGGACUUCCUGCUGAAGUACAAGAACCGCACGGAGCAGGACGAGAUCGAGACCCGGGAGAACCUGAACCGCCUGCUGCUGGAGAACGUGCUGCCGGCACACGUCGCUGCGCUGUUCGUCGGCGAGAACAAGAAGAACGAGGACCUCUACUAUAAGUCCUAUGACUGCGUGUGUGUGAUGUUCGCCUCGGUGCCGGAUUUCAAAGAGUUUUACACCGAGUGCGACAUCAACAAAGAAGGCCUGGAGUGCCUGAGGCUGCUCAACGAGAUCAUCGCUGACUUCGAUGAGCUGCUGUCCAAGCCCAAGUUCAGCGGGGUGGAGAAGAUCAAGACGAUCGGCAGCACGUACAUGGCCGCCGCCGGGCUCAGCGGGACGCCCGGGCACGAGAACAAUCAGGACAAAGAGCGGCAGCAGGCUCAGAUCGGGAACAUGGUGGAGUUCGCCAUCGCUCUGAUCGGGAAGCUGGACGGCAUCAACAGACACUCCUUCAACAGCUUCCGGCUGCGCGUGGGUAUUAAUCACGGCCCAGUGAUAGCCGGAGUGAUCGGGGCGAGGAAGCCUCAGUACGACAUCUGGGGAAACACGGUGAACGUGGCGAGCCGCAUGGAGAGCACCGGGGAGCUCGGGAAGAUCCAGUUGACGGAGGAAACGUCCGAGGUGCUGCACAAGCUGGGCUACUCGUGUGAGUGUCGGGGAUUCAUCAACGUGAAGGGCAAAGGGGAGCUGAAAACCUUCUUCGUGUGCACCGACAUGAGCAAGCAGCAGGGCAUGGGUCUGAGCUGAGGACACACAGAAAUAUGAAAGACCCCGCAGUGUGGUAGAUGCGAGAAACUGGAAAAACAUUUUUGUACUCCGGAGCUGUUGAGCGGAUCAGGAUGUGUCAUGGUGGAGCGAAAACGGACAAUCGCCAUCUUUUUUCUACACACAUUAACGUCCAGUGAUCACUUUUGUACUUGUCCUCUUGUCUUUAACGUAGAUGUUGUCGUACUAAUGCCAAAUAAUACAGGUAAAGGACGUACAGGCCUUUUAAAAAAGAAACAAUAGAUACUGUUUGGAUCAUAACUCCAAUGGGUUUAAAGACGGAUGCUCUGUUACUGUGUAAUGAGCGUAACAUAUGUAAAACAGAAACUGGCUGAUUAAAAUAUUAAAAUCAAUUUUCUUGCUCAUUUAUUUGGGUUACAUUCACAUCACGACAAAGUAGGACACUUGAAAAAUAUCCUGAAGUGACUGUAUCAAGACUUUAGCCCUUUAUGUGACAGCUUUGAGAUCUGCCAGAGAAACAAAGAUAUUUGCUGCAUUUCUAAAGAGGAAAUAUGUGCUGUGUGUACAUCGUCUGUUCCGCUGCACAGAGGGACACCUUACCCGCGCCUGCUGUGAAUGUUUUUCUGCCUCCGGCUCAGACUAUCACCUGAACUGAUUCACUUUGUCCUGUGGCCUUAUCGUCUGUAAUCGUGGUUACAUAAUAAUACUGAUAAUAAUAAUGUAUUGGCCUUCAUGUGAACAAAUGUGACAUUGACUUUUGUACAGUGACAGAAUGUAAUAAAUGUUUUCGUAAGUCUGCA